GAGCGGUGGUGCCCCCGGGCACAGGGCCAUGUACAACGGGAUCGGGCUGCCGACGCCCCGGGGCAGCGGCACCAACGGCUACGUCCAGCGCAACCUGUCCCUGGUGCGGGGCCGCCGGGGUGAGCGGCCUGACUACAAGGGAGAGGAGGAACUGCGGCGCCUGGAGGCUGCCCUGGUGAAGCGGCCUAAUCCUGACAUCCUGGACCACGAGCGCAAGCGGCGCGUGGAGCUGCGAUGCCUCGAGCUGGAGGAGAUGAUGGAAGAGCAGGGGUACGAGGAACAGCAAAUCCAAGAGAAAGUGGCGACCUUUCGACUCAUGUUGCUGGAGAAGGAUGUGAACCCUGGGGGCAAGGAGGAAACCCCAGGGCAGAGGCCAGCGGUAACUGAGACGCAUCAGUUGGCAGAAUUGAAUGAGAAGAAGAAUGAGCGGCUCCGAGCUGCCUUUGGCAUCAGUGAUUCCUAUGUGGAUGGCAGCUCUUUUGAUCCUCAGCGUCGUGCUCGAGAAGCUAAACAACCAGCUCCCGAGCCUCCCAAACCUUACAGCCUUGUUAGGGAGUCCAGCAGUUCUCGUUCACCGACCCCAAAGCAAAAGAAGAAGAAAAAGAAGAAAGACAGAGGACGCAGGUCAGAGAGUAGCUCUCCUCGACGGGAGAGAAAAAAGAGCUCAAAAAAGAAGAAGCACAGGUCGGAAUCUGAGUCCAAGAAACGAAAGCACAGGUCUCCCACUCCAAAGAGUAAACGUAAAUCUAAAGACAAGAAACGGAAGCGGUCUCGGAGUACAACACCAGCUCCCAAGAGUCGCCGGGCCCAUCGGUCAACCUCUGCUGAUUCUGCUUCCUCCUCUGACACUUCUCGCAGUCGGUCUCGAAGUGCUGCAGCUAAAAUACAUACAACUGCUUUGACUGGGCGAAGUCCUUCCCCUGCUCCAGGGCGUCGAGGGGAGGGAGAUGCGCCUUCUAGUGAACCAGGUACCACCAGUAUACAACGGCCUAGCAGCCCAGAGACUUCUACAAAGCAGCCUAGCAGUCCUUAUGAGGACAAAGACAAGAAGGAGAAACCUGCAGUUCGACCUAGCCCCUCUCCGGAAAGGAGCAGCACAGGCCCAGAACCACCUGUUCCCACUCCGCUCCUUGCUGAGCAGCAUGGCGGCUCCCCACAGCCCCUUGCAACAACCUCCUUAAGUCAGGAGCCAAUGAACCCCCCAUCUGAGGCCUCCCCAACCCGGGGCCCUUCACCACCUAAGUCUCCUGAGAAACCACCUCAGUCUUCUUCCUCAGAGAGCUGCCCACCAUCCCCACAGCCUACCAAAGUUUCUCGACAUGCCAGCUCUUCCCCUGAAAGUCCUAAACCCACGCCAGCUCCUGGUGCCCGCCGAGAGAUUUCUUCUUCCCCCACAUCCAAGAAUCGGUCACAUGGCCGAGCAAAGCGGGAUAAAUCACACUCUCAUACUCCUUCCCGUAGGAUGGGGAGAUCACGCAGCCCUGCCACUGCUAAGAGGGGGAGAUCACGGUCUCGAACCCCUACCAAAAGGGGUCAUUCUCGUUCCCGGUCCCCUCAGUGGCGUAGGUCACGGUCUGCACAGAGGUGGGGAAGAUCUAGAAGCCCCCAACGGCGUGGCCGCUCUAGGUCCCCUCAGCGACCAGGUUGGUCCAGGAGCAGAAAUACUCAGCGAAGAGGCAGGUCUAGGUCAACAAGGCGAGGCAGAUCACACUCUAGAUCCCCAGCCACCAGGGGCAGAUCACGUUCUAGAACACCAGCUCGGCGGGGUAGGUCCCGCUCAAGAACACCUGCCAGGCGGAGGUCACGAUCUAGAACACCUGCCAGGCGCAGGUCCAGGUCAAGAACACCAGCCCGCAGGGGCAGGUCUCGGUCAAGAACACCUGCUAGGCGCAGGUCUAGAACCCGAUCACCAGUACGAAGGAGAUCUCGCAGCAGAUCGCCAGCCAGGAGAAGUGGUCGGUCACGUUCUAGAACCCCAGCUAGACGGGGCCGAUCGCGUUCUAGAACCCCAGGUAGACGUAGUGGCAGAUCACGCUCUAGAACCCCAGCUAGGAGAGGGAGGUCUCGGUCUAGAACCCCAGCUAGGAGAGGGAGGUCUCGGUCUAGAACCCCAGCAAGACGAAGAUCCCGCAGUAGAAGUCUAGUUAGGCGAGGAAGAUCUCACUCUAGGACACCACAAAGAAGAGGCAGGUCUGGUUCGUCAUCAGAGCGGAAGAACAAAUCCAGAACAUCUCAGAGGAGGAGCAGGUCCAACUCAAGUCCAGAAAUGAAAAAAUCUCACAUUUCCUCAAGGCGGAGCAGGUCUCUCUCUUCACCAAGAUCCAAGGCAAAAUCUCGCUUGUCUUUGAGGCGCAGUCUUUCUGAAUCCUCUCCGUGCCCUAAACAAAAGUCACAGACACCACCCAGGCGCAGUCGCUCUGGAUCAUCACAACCUAAAGCAAAAUCUAGAACACCAAGGCGGAGUCGUUCUGGUUCUUCACCACCUAAACAGAAAUCUAAAACACCAUCAAGACAAAGUCAUUCCAGUUUAUCUCCUCACCCAAAAGUGAAAUCUGGAACACCACCAAGACAAGGUUCCAUCACAAGUCCCCAGACCAUCGAACAAUCUGCAACACCACAAAGACGGAGCCAUUCUGAAUCAUCACCUGAUCCCGAGGUAAAAUCUAGGACUCCUUCAAGGCACAGCUGUUCUGGGUCCUCUCCUCCUCGAGUGAAGUCUAGUACACCUCCAAGACAGACCCCAUCUAGGUCAUUGUCUCCACAGCCCAAAGUGAAGGCAAUGUCACCAGGACAAAGAAGCCAUUCUGGCUCCUCUUCUCCAAGUCCUAGUAGGAUGACUUCUAGAACACCUCCAAGGCAAAGCAGAUCAGUGUCUCCUUGCACCAAGGUGGAAUCUAGACAGAGCCAUUCUAGAUCCUCCUCACCAGAUACCAAAGUGAAACCUGAAACACCACCAAGACAAAGUCACUCAGGGUCUGUGUCACCAUACCCCAAAGUAAAGCCUCAAACACCACCAGGGCAAAGUCAGUCUGGGUCAAAAUCACCAUGUCCUCAAGAGAAGUCUAAAGAAAUUCAAGCACAGAGUUGCUCUGGAUCAUUCUUACUCUGUCCAGGAGUAACGUCUGACACACCACCAGGAGAAAGCUACUUUGGCUCCUCAUCUCUGCAACAUAAAGGACAAUCUCAAACUUCACCAGACCCCAGAUCUGAUACUUCAAGUCCAGAAAUGAGACAGAGUCACUUGGAGUCUUCACCUCUGCAGAGCAAAUCUCAAACAUUUCCAAAGAGUGGUGAGUCCAGGUCCUCAUCUCCAGUCGCUGAGCUGGCAUCUAGAUCUCCAACAAGACAAGAUGGAGGUGAAUUAUCAGCAAGUCCUAGGCUGAAAUCAGGAAUGUCUCCUGAGCAGAGCAGGCCCCAGUCUGACUCUUGUCCAUAUCUUGCAUUGGACUCUAAAUCUCUUCUGGGACAGAGCAGAUUGGAGUCUUCUGAAUCAAAAGAGAAAAUGGUCUUCCCCCUUCAGGAAGAUGUUGCUGUGUUAUCUCCUAGGCCAAGAGAAAAAUUUAGUACACCUGUACAGGAUAGGACUGAAUCCUCACCAGUACUAAAAGAUGCACCUAGAACCCCAUCAAGGGAAAGAAGUGUCAAUGAAUCAUCUCCAGAUAGAAAAGACCAAAGUAAUACAUUACCUAAGUCAAACCAAGAUGAGGAAUUAAUGGAGGUGGUAGAGAAAUUAGAACAACCUUCAAACCAAGUGCUGCCUCAUUUGUCUCCAGAACAAAAACAAAUGGCUGUAAGUAAUUUUGAAUCAUCUCCUGAAGUAGAAGAAGGGCUAGCUCUUGACCAAAGUCAGUCACAAAUGGCUUUGGAAGAAGUUCCUGCAGUGGCCUCCUGUUGGGGAGCGCCACAUUUUUCUCCAGAGCAUAAAGAACUAUCUCACUCUCCUCCCAGGGAGAAUAACUUUGGAUCACCUUUAGAAUUUAGAAACUCAGGCACUGCUACAGAAAUGAAUACUGGAUUUUCUCCUGAGGUUAAAGAAGAUUUGAAUGGACCUUUCCUUAAUCAGCUGGAGACAGACCCAUCUCUAGACAUGAAAGAACAGUCAACAAGAUCCUCCAGACGUAGCAGCUCUGAGUUAUCCCCAGAUGUGGUGGAAAAGGCAGGAAUGUCUUCAAAUCAGAGUGUAUCUUCACCUGUACUUGAUGCUGUACCCAGAACGCCCUCAAGAGAGAGAAGUAGUUCUGCAUCUUCUCCUGAACUGAAAGAUGGUUUACCCAGAACUCCAUCAAGGAGAAGUCGGUCUGGGUCUUCUCCAGGACUUAGAGAUGGUUCCAGGACUCCCUCUAGGCACAGCCUGUCUGGGUCCUCUCCUGGAAUGAAAGAUAUACCUAGAACCCCAUCUAGGGGGCGGAGUGAAUGUGAUUCUUCCCCAGAACCGAAAGCAUUGCCUCAGACUCCUAGGCCAAGAAGUCGUUCUCCAUCAUCCCCAGAGCUCAACAACAAGUGUCUUACCCCUCAGAGAGAAAGAAGUGGAUCAGAAUCAUCAGUUGAGCAGAAAACUGUGGCUAGGACCCCCCUUGGGCAGAGAAGUCCAUCUGGAUCUUCUCAAGAGCUUGACGGGAAACCCAGUGCAUCUCCUCAAGAGAGAAGUGAGUCAGAUUCUUCUCCAGAUUCUAAAGCCAAGACACGAACUCCACUUAGGCAGAGGAGUCAUUCUGGAUCCUCUCCAGAGAUUGACAGCAAACCCCGAGCUUCUCCUCGGCGCAGUAGAUCUGGCUCAUCUCCUGAAGUGAAAGAUAAGCCAAGAGCAGCUCCUCGGACCCAGAGUGGUUCCGAUUCUUCUCCUGAACCCAAAGUACCUGCCCCUCGGGUCCUUCCCAGAAGAAGCAGAUCAGGCUCAUCAAGCAAAGGCAGAGGACCUUCUCCUGAAGGAAGCAGCAGUUCUGAGUCCUCACCUGAACACCCACCCAAGUCCAGAACUGCUCGAAGAGGUUCCAGGUCUUCACCAGAGCCAAAGACAAAGUCUCGCACACCACCUCGACGUCGCAGCUCUCGGUCAUCUCCUGAGCUAACCAGGAAGGCCAGACUCUCCCGUAGGAGCCGCUCUGCCUCUUCUUCACCAGAAACUCGUUCCAGAACUCCUCCAAGACGCAGAAGAAGUCCCUCAGUGUCUUCCCCUGAGCCAGCUGAAAAGUCAAGGUCUUCACGUCGGCGGCGUUCAGCUUCAUCUCCACGCACUAAGACAACUUCAAGGAGAGGCCGUUCCCCUUCACCAAAGCCUCGUGGACUCCAGAGGUCCCGUUCCCGCUCACGUAGGGAGAAAACCAGAACAACCCGACGUCGAGAUAGGUCUGGGUCUUCUCAGUCAACUUCGCGAAGAAGACAGCGGAGCCGGUCCAGGUCUCGGGUCACUCGCAGGCGGAGGGGAGGCUCUGGUUACCACUCCAGAUCACCUGCCCGGCAGGAGAGUUCCCGAACUUCCUCUCGACGUCGAAGAGGCCGCUCUCGAACACCCCCAACCAGUCGCAAGCGUUCUCGCUCACGCACAUCACCAGCCCCAUGGAAACGUUCUAGAUCUCGAGCCUCUCCAGCAACUCACCGGCGAUCCAGGUCUAGAACACCCUUGCUCAGCCGACGUAGAUCCAGGUCUCGGACUUCCCCUGUGAGUCGGAGACGGUCCAGGUCCAGAACAUCAGUGACUCGACGAAGAUCUCGGUCAAGGGCAUCCCCAGUGAGUCGAAGACGGUCCAGGUCCAGAACACCACCUGUAACCCGUCGUCGUUCAAGGUCCAGAACACCAACAACACGCCGGCGCUCCCGUUCUAGAACUCCACCAGUGACUCGCAGAAGGUCCAGGUCUAGGACCCCACCAGUAACCAGGAGGCGAUCUAGAAGCAGAACUUCACCUAUUGCUCGCAGAAGAUCAAGAUCCAGAACGUCCCCAGUCACUCGAAGGCGAUCUCGGUCACGAACAUCUCCAGUCACUCGGAGGAGGUCCCGAUCUCGAACCUCCCCAGUUACUCGUCGCCGUUCAAGGUCCCGAACGCCUCCAGCUAUUCGACGCCGCUCUAGGUCUCGAACACCAUUGUUGCCACGCAAACGUUCUCGAAGCCGCUCACCACUUGCUAUUCGCCGCAGGUCUAGGUCCCGUACACCCCGAGCAACUCGGGGCAAACGGUCUUUAACAAGAUCUCCUCCGGCUAUUCGCAGGCGUUCUGCAUCUGGAAGUAGUUCUGAUCGAUCACGUUCUGCUACUCCUCCAGCAACAAGGAAUCAUUCUGGUUCUCGGACACCUCCAGUGGCACUCAAUAGCUCCAGAAUGAGCUGUUUCAGUCGUCCUAGCAUGUCACCAACUCCUCUUGACCGAUGUAGAUCACCUGGAAUGCUUGAACCCCUUGGCAGUGCUAGAACACCCAUGUCUGUCCUGCAACAAGCUGGUGGCUCCAUGAUGGAUGGCCCAGGUCCCAGAAUACCUGAUCAUCCAAGAACAUCUGUGCCAGAAAAUCAUGCUCAAUCUAGAAUUGCACUUGCCUUGACAGCUAUCAGCCUUGGCACUGCCCGACCUCCUCCAUCCAUGUCUGCUGCUGGUCUUGCUGCAAGAAUGUCCCAGGUGCCAGCUCCGGUACCUCUCAUGAGUCUCAGAACGGCCCCAGCUGCCAAUCUUGCUAGCAGGAUUCCUGCAGCCUCUGCAGCAGCCAUGAACCUGGCCAGUGCCCGGACACCUGCUAUCCCAACAGCAGUGAACCUGGCAGACUCACGAGCACCAGCUGCAGCAGCAGCCAUGAACUUGGCCAGCCCCAGAACUGCAGUGGCACCUUCAGCCGUGAAUCUUGCUGACCCUCGGACCCCCACAGCUCCAGCUGUGAACCUAGCAGGAGCCAGAACCCCUGCUGCCUUGGCAGCUUUGAGUCUUUCAGGAUCUGGCACGCCUCCAUCUGCUGCAAAUUAUCCCUCUAGUUCCAGAACACCCCAGGCUCCAGCCCCUGCAAACCUCGUGGGUCCACGAUCUGCACAUGCCACAGCUCCUGUGAAUAUUGCCAGUUCUAGAACCCCUUCAGCCUUGGCCUCUGCGAGUCUCACCAGUGCUAGGAUGGCCCCAGCAUUGUCUGGUGCAAACCUUACCAGCCCCAGGGUGCCCCUUUCUGCUUAUGAGCGUGUUAGUGGCAGAGCUUCACCCCCACUUCUUGACCGAGCCAGGUCUAGAACACCACCAUCAGCCCCAAGCCAGUCUAGAAUGACCUCUGAGCGGGCUCCCUCCCCUGCCUCCAGAAUGAUCCAGGCUCCUUCACAGUCUCUUCUCCCUCCAGCACAGGAUCGACCUAGGUCUCCUGUGCCAUCUGCUUUUUCAGACCAAUCCCGUUCAAAUGCCCAGACCACUUCUGUAGCAGGGUCUCAGUCCCUUUCCUCUGGGACGGUGGCAAAGGCCAUGUCCUCCACUGGUGACCACAAUGGCAUGCUUUCUGGCCCUACUCCUGGGGUGCCUCACCUGGAGGGUGGGGAGCCACCUGCCUCUACUGGGGCCCAGCAACCUUCUGCGUUGGCCACCCCGCAACCAGCAAAGGAGCGGCGGAGUUCCUCCUCCUCUUCCAGCUCCUCCAGCUCCUCUUCAUCAUCAUCAUCGUCGUCUUCAUCAUCUUCCUCCUCUGGCUCCAGUUCUAGCGACUCAGAGGGCUCUAGCCUUCCAGCUCAGCCUGAGGUGGCACUGAAGAGGGUCCCCAGCCCCACUCCAGCACCAAAGGAGGCUGUCCGAGAGGGACGUCCCCAGGAGCCAGCCCCAGCCAAACGGAAGAGGCGCUCUAGCAGCUCUAGUUCCAGCUCCUCCUCUUCCUCUUCCUCCUCUUCAUCCUCCUCCUCCUCCUCUUCCUCUUCUUCCUCCUCUUCCUCCUCCUCCUCCUCUUCAUCCUCCUCCUCUUCCUCUUCUCCUUCCCCUGCUAAGCCAGGCCCUCAGGCCUUGCCCAAACCUGCAAGCCCCAAGAAGCCACCCCCUGGCGAGCGGAGGUCCCGCAGCCCUCGGAAGCCUAUAGAUUCCCUUCGGGACUCGAGGUCCCUCAGCUACUCACCUGUGGAGCGACGCCGUCCCUCACCUCAGCCCUCACCACGGGACCAGCAGAGCAGCAAUGAGCGGGUUUCCCGGAGAGGCCAGCGUGGGGACAGCCAUUCUCCGGGCCAUAAGCGCAGGAGGGAAACUCCUAGCCCCCGUCCCAUGCGACAUCGCUCCUCCAGGUCUCCUUAAAUCACCGUACCCCAUGCUCUGGAGCCACAGGGAGUGUCCCCCAACAGAGCUGUGGGAGGUCUUUGUCUUCCCCCACCUUUGAAUCCUGGCAGCAUCUUGGGUGGAGGGCUCCCUUCCCCCCCUCCUCCCUUUUUUUUUCUUUGUUCCUGUGAAAUGUUAAUCUCUGUGAGUUUUUCCUGGUUCAUGUGUUUGGGGGGGUUUGGGGGUGGGAGGGAAUGAAUGCUGAUGGGAGUUGGGGGAGGAGAGGAUACAGUUCAGACACUGAGGCCUAGAAUCAGAGAGGCCCUGGGAGGUGCAGCCGCCUGAAGUUCCUGGGGGUGAUGGUUUAGAAUUUAGAAGUUGAGGUGUUCUUGGAUGGAAGGGGCAGGAGUUAAAAAAUUAGCUGGCCCCUACUGCCCCCCAUGAGGUUGUGACCCCCUCCCCCAAUUUUUCUUCAUGUUUCUUAAAAGGCAUUUUGGUUUUUUAAAAAUCUGUACAGCAAGAGCAACUUUUUCUGUCAAAUAAAAAUGAGAAAUGCAGGAA